UAUGUUGCUUGUGGUGCGGGAAUUGGGUCGAUUAUGUCAUGGCGGGUUAGAUGUUUUCGGCACUUGAUUCAAUAAGAUUUGUUUUGAAUUACGCCGUCAAUGAUCCCGUCGUGUACUCCAUUGUUUAAAACUACACCUGAUUAUUUAGUAUUGAUCAUUUCGUAAACAAUUCAAAUGCUGAAACAAUUGCAAAUGGGCCUUCGCGCGUUUAUGCUCCUUGCUUCGAAAGUAUGGAGUUGUGUUUGUUAUAUGUUUAAGAAGCAAUACCGAGCGUUGGCUCAAUACCAAUCUGUCAAGUAUGAGGUGUACCCACUGUCCCCAGUAUCUAGACAUAGGCUGAGUCUAGUAAAGAGAAAGAUGCUGGUCCUAGACCUGGAUGAGACGUUAAUCCACUCGCAUCACGACGCAAUGCUGCGGCCGACGGUGAAGCCGGGGACGCCUCCAGACUUCGUCCUGAAGGUCACCAUAGACAAGCAUCCCGUCAGGUUCUUUGUGCACAAGCGGCCGCACGUCGACUACUUCCUUGAUAUAGUGUCGCAGUGGUACGAGCUGGUGGUGUUCACAGCCUCGAUGGAGAUAUACGGCGCGGCGGUCGCCGAUAAGCUGGACAACGGGCGUGGUAUACUGCGCCGCCGAUUUUAUAGACAACAUUGCACAGCCGAGCACGGCUCAUACACCAAGAACCUGACGUCGAUAUGCGAUGACCUCAACAGGGUGUUCAUAUUGGACAACUCGCCCGGGGCCUAUAGGGACUUUCCAGACAACGCGAUACCAAUAAAAUCGUGGUUCUCGGACCCGCUGGACUCGGCGCUGCUGAACCUGCUGCCGGUGCUGGACGCGCUGCGCUUCACGCACGACGUGCGCUCCGUGCUGUCGCGCAACCUGCACCUGCACCGGCUGUGGUAGCCUGCAGGUGAAUCGGCUUUUGUACAAAACGGGCGCCACACGGCUCGGCCUGGAACUAUUUAUUAUUUCACUCGUUAAAAAAAUACGCCGUUCGCCGCUUAUUCAAAUAUACAUAUAGAUUUAACUGUAGUUCAAUACGUUUGUUUAAGUUUUUUGUGUUUUUCGUACUUGAAAAGUGAACGCUUAUACAUUAUGUAUAUUCGUAUAUCUAAUAAUGUUAGGAUACAGGCGAUUAAUACGAGAGUUUCAUACAAAUAUUGUUUUUAUGUUAAAUUACUUCUCAAUAGUUAAUAAAUACAUCUUAAGUUAAAAAAACUCCGUAUUGAGUAAAAUAGCGAAUAUUUCAUUUCGUAUUGACAUUUGUUUACUACAGUAAACGCCAUCUAUUGGCUGUAUGUUUGUAAUUGUUUAGAUGGCAUUCUAUUGUCUAUAGUCAAAAAAUAUACAUCUUUGAUAAAUCCAUAACUUCAGUAAAUUGAUUGAUUGACAUUUUUCUUUAAAAGAAACCGUAGAAAAGGGAAUAUAUUUCCCAUGCUCCAAAGGGCUUGAAUUGCAUACCAGAGAUUUGGUAGGAUUCCUAUGUUUGCAACUUCAAUGAUGAAUUAGAAUUAGUACUUUAUUAAGUUAAGACUUAAAGACACUAUAGUGACUAUUGGCAGAUCUUACCUAAUAAUUACCAUCCAUGGUAACUAAAACUAAUGUAGGUAAUAUACUUUCGUUAGUACGGAUACUAUCGAAGACACAUUUUACCUCUUUUGUAAUAAGAUUCGAAUUACUAUUUAAAUGUGUCAUAGGCUGCUUAAUACUAGAAAUUAGACAAUAUUUGUAUGAAAUAUUAUUAUUUGUUCUUAAGUAUGUGUCUCGCUCUAUUGAUGUGAGUGAGAAGUCCAGUUUUAGAAUGAAUCUUAAAUAACUAGAGUAACCCACCUUAUCUUAUGAUCGCUAGUUUUUUUUUAAUCAAGCACCUCACUCAGAUAUUCAUCGAUAUUAUAUCGAUUUGUAAUAGUAACUACUCGAUUAAAAGUGUUUAAUAUUUGAAUUUUAUACGCCAAUUUCUACGACGUUAAAUAAUAACCUUUUCAUCGUGUCACAUCCACUCGCCCUGACUAAUGCACAGAUUAAAUGACACCACAGAAGAUACACCACUCUCAGCGACUACGGUAAAAAGGUUAAAACGUCAGAAACUGUUUUUAACCUAGCGUGAGGUGCUCUGCUCAAAUAUAAUGUUCUGCAUGUUUUAAAAACAUUAUUUUCCAUAUCAAUUAUUAAUAAAGUUUAGAAAAUGAUUUGUCUGUAUAAGUAUGCCUUCAGGUUUACUAAUCAAAUCUAAAAAAGGAAAAGUUUCGUUUCAUUUCUAAUCGUAAAUAUAUAAUUUUAUUAAUGAUAAAUGUGAAUUAAAGGGCACUUUUUUAAUUCGUUAUUCAUGGAAAUAGUUUUAAAUAGCAAAAUAUUGAUAGGCGUGAGGUCGACUGAAACGACUAGUCAUUAAAUAUUAUUCCGUGGAAAAUAAUGUUUUUAAAUAUUAACCUUCCAUUCGAGAAAACUGUAAAUAGUAUAAUGUAAACGGUUUCAGUGGUUUGUUCACUUCGGUAUGUUUAAAAAAUGAUCUCUCAUUUUUUUAUAAUAGUUUUUAAUCGAAAUAAGUUUUCGUUUUGUACAAACUUUCGAAACCGAAUUUUGAUGACUUUAAAAAUAAUAUUGUGAGAUAGAUUAGUGUUUUUUAAUUGGCAAAUCACUAUGACGAGGAUUUCAUUAUGUGUCGCGCCGAGAUUGUGUGUGUACCGAUGAAUAUUUCAAACAUAGACCAUAACUUUAUCAUACCUUAGACCAUAAUUUUUAGAGAAGCCACGAAUAGUGGUUUUGGCCGAAUAUUCGGUAAAACGUGUGUACAUUUUGAAUCACAUUUAUUAUGAAAACUGGUCGCCUACAAAAGGACAAUAUGUUCUGAGAUUUAAGUUUUGUUCUUCUUUAAGCAGUGUAUAUAUCAUCAAGCAAAUCUAGCCUAUGAUAAAAUUAAUCUAUAAUGCAAACAACAAAUUCUCCAAAAAAUUCUUCAUUUAUAACAACUUCUCAAGAAUACAUUUUACACACAUACACUUUAAGUGUAUAAUUGUUCUUUAUAAGUCCUAGGUGUAAUAAUUAUUCAGUAUUCGGCCGAAUACCGAAUGUUCGGCAAAGUUGCCGAAUAUUCGUGGAAUCUCUAAUCAUUUCAUCUUAUCCCACGAAUAACUGUAUUCUUUCCAAAUAUGAUAGGUUAAUCGCAUUGGCCUUCACAUAAUCUUAGUCCCUCUCAGGGACCGAAAACCCCUCCAUUUGAUUAAUCUUUCCGAUAGGGUAACCCUAUUAUAUAAUUACCCUAUCAUUGAGUUGACCACAGAGAUUAAAGUAACUUAAUCUCGUUCUAAAAACACUUCGCAGUUUCUCUAUCAAGGGUUUUUGAUACAGUAAGCACUUACCCAAAAUUAACUCUAUUGAUUUGAUUUGGUUACCCUUUUCUUCAGGUAAGUUAACGAUAUGGUUUUCGAAUUGAUUUAAUUGUAAAAGCAAUUAUAUCAAAUGUAUACCCACCCUAUCAAAUACCACUUUAUUGGUAACCAGUCCCGGACCCAGGGUCCUUGAGCCACUCUUAUUUGUCAUACUUGCUGGUAAAAGACAAACAACUAGGGAACAAAUCAAAUUGUUUUUAUAAAAUAUUUUGAUUUGUGUUUUUAAGUAGUACUAAAUAUAACUUAGAAACUAAAAUAGAUGUCAUAUAAUAAAGAUAAUACUUACUUACGCGGCUAACGCCCUGGACUUGCGUUGGUAAUUUUUUCUUUACUAUAUGACCUCUAUUUAGUUCAUAAAGGACAAAUAACUUAUGUCAAACAUAUCAGUGAUUAUUCUGGCUGGUCUGUGCGUAAAAUGUUUACACAAAGUAGGUUUUCGCAAACCCAUGUUGAGUGAACUACUUAAAGCAUAUCCAAAGGAAUAAUACAAACUAAUAGAUACUGAGGUCCUCAAUCUUGUUAGAACGAAGCCUCCUGGUGGCUUUUUCGUGCUCGCCUUUAAUUUUGUUUUAGUAAAAUAACUUGAGUCGGUCCAAGCUAAUUGUGCAUCAUUAAUGUGAAAUUCACACGUCCUCUCUUUGUUCUAUUUAAAUCGGUGCAAAAUAAGCUCUCUAGGUUGUCAAUAAGAAACGAUGAGUUACCUAUUCCGGUUUAUGCACGUUAUUGUUCCUUUGUCUAUGCUUAAAAAUAACAUAUUAAUAAACAGGUUAAAUAAUAUGAAUACUUGUACAAGUGCAUGUUGCACACUUUGCCAGAGAAUUAUUACUUGCGAUUAAAAUGUUACAAUAUUGAUGAAACAUUUAUAUCCGUCGGUAUAACAGUCGAAAUUAUCUGAGAUAAACUUUUAACAAAAUAAUCCAUUGAAAUAUCAUCCUUCCUAUUUAAGCAAGAAGACGCAAACGAUAAUGACAAAUUUUGUAUAUUAAGUUCAAUGAACUGUUAGAGUUAGACCAAGCUAACUGUCCAUGGCAUUUGCUAUAACAAAGUGUGGAUGUCAAAUUUCUAUGAAAAUAAUGAACACUCCCUCGUUUUGGUCUGACGUACGGUUGUGUACUUUAAAAUGGUUGAGCCAUUUAAGGUUCACUAUAAUAUUUUUCACAUAGCGUGGGUUCGGUGACAGCUGUCAUCUCAAUACAAUUUGGCAUUUUAAGGUUAGAAAUUGUAUUGAGAUGACAGCUGUCACCGAACCCAAGCUAUGUGAAAAAUAUACAGGGAACCUUGGAUUGGAAAUGUCAUAGCGUUAGUAUUGACUACCAAAUUACCUUAAGCCGUAGAUGGGUCAACAAAUAAAUGCCGUGACCCUACUUCCAGAUAAUUUCAACUGCACAUUCUCGGGUCAAAUGCUGUGAGACAGGAUUAUGACAAAUUGACAAUAGGGUAUUAUGCUACUUAAAUCAUGUACAAAGUAUGCAGGCUCAGUUCUAAUAAGGUAUACGGUAAUUAAAUAAUCACUUUAGUUGUUAAAUGCCCAAUCGAAUUCAAGUUAUGGACUUAUGGUACUGAAACAUACAAAUAUCCAAAUAAUAAUGAAUUAAACUUUACUAUUAGGUAAUCAUUAAAAAAAAUGUUGAAUUUUGAAGGCGAAUUCGGCCUUUUUUCAGCCUGUAUCAACCGAUAAUGAUAGUAAGUUUUCAAUCGAUUGAAUCAUCAAAAUCGGCACAGCAGGUUCUACACUUCCAGUAUCAGGUCCAGAAUGUAAGCAAGCUUCAUUUUAGAUCUGUGAUAAUAAGGACACAAACAUACAUACAUAGGCUCCUAAAUCAUUUAUACAUAGCCUUUCCCGUGGCUGGAAAAAAAUAAAUUUACACCUUACCAUAGAAAUAAGAGUGUUGACAUAUCUAUGAGACAUUUUAGUGAGACGUGAGAUAAAAAAAAUGGCACCUAAAUCUCUCUUUUAUAUUGCAGUCAUAAAAUUAACACCGACCUUUAAACAGACAUGUUUUCAUUUAAUUGCAUGUAUCAUCUUAGUGCAAUAUUACGUUUAAAGGUGAUAAUUGUAGUAAUAUGAGACCGAGCUAAGACAAAAACAUAAUAAGUGCACGUGUUACUGAACGGUACAUUGUGUCCUUUAUUAUUGUCAUUUGGUAAAUCUUAUGUUAUGGCAAUAAGGUUUACAAAAGGAUAGUCAAAAAGUGGUGAAAAUAAAAGGGCGUACUCCCGUCUUAAAAGGUCCGCAACGCACAUGUUACCUCUCUGGCAUUGCAGGUGUCCAUGAGCGGCGGUAAUUGCUUACCAUCUGGUGGUUCGUGUGAUCGUUUGCCUCUUAUAUCAUCAAGUCUAUUUGGGGCACACGUCUACUGUCGCGUACCUAAUUGUGACGCUCAUAUACGAUAUUUAGUAGGUAUAUUUCCAUGUAUAUAUUGUUAUAAGAUUUUAUUAACUGGCGGUUACCUUCACUGUUUUUAUUAUUUUUCUGUAAAUAGUGUAGUGUAGGGCGUUAACGCCAACUUUUAACGUAAAAUGCAUAACGGUACUACGUUUUAACCGCCAGUGUUCCUCUAUUCUCGAACAUUUACCGUAAUGAAUAUGCAACGCGUAUGUAAGUAGUUGCAAGCGUCCUUAGGCUGCAGUGUCCAUGUACCAAAUGGGCCGUAUCUACGAUUGGUGGCACCCAAAACGGUAAUUAAAAAAUAAAUAAAACGCGGUCCGGAAAAACAAGUGUUCGAUUAGUUUACCGAUAAAUUUGUGUUCUUCAGACAUAUUGGUCAAAACGUUAAAAGAAAAAUAAGGCCUACAUUACUAUCGCAUCUGGGAGUUUUGGUGACUAAAGUGAUUAUUACCUGAUUUUGUUUAUUAAGUACGCAUUGUAAAAUAAAUGGAUGAUGAUGAAGCGAAGCACUGUUCAAAGAAUUAAAUGUUAAUUUUUGAA